UUGCUUGUCUUACGGAUGCAUCUUUCUGGCAUUUUUCAUAUUGCGAUUUUCCCAUAUUUCUGUAUCCAAAUACUGGAAUAGUAUUGGUUGACAUGUUAAUUAAGUUUUGUUCCACAGGUUAGAUGACCAGUAGUUUGGUUUAUGUCACUGUUGUUUUAAUGUGCGUAGAAUGCAGAUGGCCAACAGUCUGUAGUGGUGGAGAAUGUUGUAUCCUAUGUGACCCUUUCACCAUGAUUUGUAUAUACAAGAUCCAGCAGAAACAUCCAAAGUAAUGUCAUUUUGAAAACAAUCAGGUAUUUUUGCUGGACCUGUAUAUAUGAUGCAAAUGAAAUGCGAAUUUUCUUUCAUUUACAAAUAUAGUCAUGGAGCAAAUAUAGCAGGACAUGCACAUAACUGUAUGACAGGGAAAAGUUAACUUCUUGAGAAUAACUCUAAUACUAUAAGCAGUAAAUUAUUUUUCCUUCUUGCUUGUUAGGGGAGAGAAGGUAACAAAAUAUGGAGAAUGUGCUCAACUUUUAAAAUGAUGGGUGAAGCAACACUGGCAAGAUCGUAUGGAAAAUGGACUUCUGGCACUAGUUGAGGACUACUUUUUCAAAAACAAUCCAAAAAGUCCAGUCCCCUUUGACACAUUCAUAAGUUUGUUUAUUAAAUUAGCUAAAGAUCCAUGUGGUGAGAAGGUAAAAUUUAUUGUUUCUUUGCUGAAACAAAACAGCAGUGAUGGUGUGCUGACCUUCAGUAUUUUAAUGGAGUAUGUGAAGAAUAUAAUAUCAUCUUACGUAAUAAUUCUAACAGUAACAGAUCAUGCAGUGUUGAAAUCUUGGAGGACAUUGGGCGUUGAAAUGUCAGAUUGGAAAGUGAUUCUAAUGACAAAGUCUCUGUGCCAAGACCUGGAAGAAGAGAACAUUGAAGAAAAUAUUGAAAUAUGGUUUGGUUUGUGCUCACAAUUUCAGAAAAUUCAAACAGCACUUUUGUUUCAUUUAUACCACAUACCACAGGAACAUGUGUCAUAUGGUGAUGAAGUGGCAGAGUAUUGUCUCUUCCCUAUGUGCAAGGGCGUACCACCACAACAUAAGCAGGUAUUCUCAUCAGUGUUGGAAAUCCCAGAUGUGCUGUUUUUGAAUUCAUUGUUACCAUCAGCAAUGCAACAACAGUGGAGGUUCUGUUUUUCUACAGGGAUUCAUGGAGAAAGUUUUGCAAAAAUGCUUGGACUUCUUGUGGAUAAAGGACCAACAGUGAUUAUUGUGAAGGACAAAGAGAAGAAUGUGUUUGGAGGAUAUGCUUCAGAAAGUUGGACUGUUGGUCCAAAUUUCCGAGGAGAUGAAAAGAGUUUCUUGUUCAGCCUGUAUCCAGAAAUGAGGGUUUGUCACUCAACAGGUUAUAACAGUCACUACCAGUACCUCAAUAUUCAACAGCAGACACUGCCAAAUGGUUUGGGAUUGGGUGGACAGUUUGAAUAUUUUGGCAUAUGGCUUGAUGCAGAGUUUGGAAAAGGUCACUGCAGUGAAACAUGUACUACAUACAGGAACUACAAAAUGUUAUCUGCCACAAAAUAUUUUGAAAUAGACCUUGUUGAAGUAUGGGCUGUUGGACCAGAAUUUGAAAGAAAAGACACAGAGGAUGUGCGCACAAGUGUAAGAGAAAGUGAUUUAGAAGCAAAAGCAUUAUUACAGAUGGCAGGUAAAACCUUACAUAGUGAAGGUAUGGAUGACAACCUUAAUGAAGCAGAGGAUAUGUAAUGCACAGGUCAUCUCAGCAGAUUUUUAUGAAAUUUGAUAUGGAUAUUAUUUUCAUUCCUAGGUUAAUUUAAUUUUGAUCAGUGUUCAUUCACUACAAACCCUACAGUACAUGAAGCUGUAUAAAACUUAACAAACCUUAAAGUUAUAAGAACAUAUUCAGAAACUGUGUUUGGAACUACUGAAGUGAUGAUAUAUUUUCUUCACUAACAGGGACUAAAAUUACCUGGUGUUAUUGUGGUAUAUGUUAAGGGUCUGAAGGAAUAGACAUUGUAAGUUUCAGUACCACUUGUACUAAUAGUAGAUGUGUUCAUAAUGUGCCACUUUUUUAUCAUUUAUCAUUUAUUGCAUGGAAACAUUUUGUGAGGUUGCCAUUCUGCUUUCUUGCAUGUUGUAAAAAAGGAAUGCUUUAGUACAAGUUGCAUAUUUCUUAGCAUUUCAAGACCUUUCAUUCACAUACAUUAUGAGUUGGCGAGUUAAUUAUUAUCAAUAUGGAAUUGUCAGCUGUGGAAUAUGUUCACACCAAGCUUCAUGGAGGGACAGGAGAGUACUUACAGCUUGUUAACAGGAUAUCAAAAAAGUCUGAAAGCAAUAGCCAGUAACUUACAAUAAAGUAACAAGGAAAAAAUUGUUUUUAAUCUUUUCUCCUUUGUGGUGUAUGUGCAUAUACAUAAUUAAUCAAGAACUAUAAUUUUCCCUCACAUUAAAAUAUCGUUUUCUAAUAUUCUGGAAUCGAUUCUGCAGUGUGCCAUAUUUCUUUUAUAUUCAAAGGUGAAUGAAGUUAAACAUGGAAUGUUAAGAUGUGUGCCUAUUACUGAAUUUUGUAUUCUGUUUUUGAAGCUCUCUGGCUUGCCAUCUGAAAAAUAAUUAUGUAAUUGUUGAUUUAUUAUUCCUGUUCAAAAAAUAUUGAAAAGGUGAAGAAACAUAUUUUCUUGUGAUACAGUAGACUCCUGAUUAUCCAGAGGUGGAUUGACCAAGGUCAGUCUGGUUUAAACAAAAAUUAAAAAUGAAUUUAGAAAAUCUGUUCUAAAAGAUAGAAUGUUUAAAAAAUAGAAUAAAUACAACAAUGACAUAUUAUUGAAUGUAUUCAGUUGAUGCCAAAACCUGAAGUUCAUGACAAUAGAAUGUUGUUACUAUCCAUUGGAAUCCUUUUUUAAAAAAAUAGUUGGUAUGUACUGUAUUAAAUUUUAUAUAAAAUUGUUUCUCUUAUCACUAAA